UCUUGAAUUGUCCACGCCAGCCUUUGAUUUAGAACAAUCGGCGAAAGCCACCCACCAGAGAAAACAUCAUCCCUCACUUGGUCUUCUCUCCCAAACCAGUCCUUUUCCAUGACAGGACACAAACGUUGGCCAUCUUUCUAUACUUAUAAAACAUGACAAAGAGAUGUACCUUUGCUAGAUUUGCAAGAGAAGUUUAUAUUUUGCAAUACCAACCUAAACCUAAUACACCAUCAUUUCUUCGUAUUGCUUGCAAGCCAUGGCAGGUGGUAGCUCUGAAGCUGGUGAAGAUUUCUGUGACAAUAAGUUGUUGCUUGAUCCAGAGGAAGCAAGCUUUUUCGAACUGAUUUAUCUCCUAAUUUCUUCUGAUGUAAAAAGCAGAAGAUUUGUGGAGUGCCCAGAAGAGCAAAGGCUGAGAGAUUUCAGUCAUCGAUGGCUUAUUUUCAUCUCCGUUGUUGCUCAAAAGUUCCUUCUCUAUUGCAGAAAUCCCAUGGCUCAUAUAGGGCAUGCAAUAGAGACGUGGUUGAAUCUUGUGUCGAUCAACGGUGGGCUUUUCAGGCUGAUCCUGAAAUCUUUGAAAGGAGAUGUCGCGUGGCCAGACAGAUUAUCGGCGAGGUUCACGUCGCUGGUGGGAAAUCUUGACAGCAGAGUAGAAAUGGAUAGGAGUAUAAGAGCUGGUCACAGAAAAUAUAAAUCAUCUCUUGCUUUGAUGGCUGCCAAAUUGUCAUAUGAGAAUGAAGCCUUCAUCAAAUCCAUCAUCACAGAUCACUGGAAUAUGAAAUUCUUGGGGUUUUACAACUUCUGGAAUGAGCACCAGAAGCUACACUCGACGCAAGCCUUCAUGCUUGAAAACACUGAUCUGAAUCUUAUAGUGGUGGCAUUUAGAGGCACCAAUCCAUUUGACGCAUAUGCAUGGUGCACAGAUGUUGAUUUCUCCUGGUACGAGCUUCAAGGCAUGGGUAAGAUCCACCGUGGAUUUAUGCACGCCCUAGGCCUACAGAAAAAUGGCUGGCCAACUGAAAUUGAACCGAACAAGGACCAUUUAUAUGCAUACUACGAGAUCAGAAGAUUGCUGAGGGAUAUAUUGAGCAAGAAUGAGAAGGCUAAGUUUAUAGUGACAGGGCACAGCUUAGGUGGAGCUCUGGCAAUAUUGUUUGUGGGUGUUUUAGCUAUACACAAGGAGGCUUGGUUGCUGGAUAGAAUGGAAGGUGUCUACACAUUUGGACAGCCAAGAGUUGGGGACAGAGAGUUUGGGAGUUUCAUGGAAGAUAAGUUGAAAGAGAAUGAUGUGAGAUAUUUGAGAUAUGUUUAUUGCAAUGAUAUGGUGCCUAGAUUGCCGUACGAUGAUUCAACUCUCUUUUAUAAGCACUUUGGUCCUUGCCUUUACUACAAUAGCUUGUAUCAAGGGAAGGUUUUGUGGGAAGAGCCGAACAAGAACUACUUCAAUUUGUUUUGGGUCAUACCUAAGAACUUGAAUGCUAUGUGGGAGCUAAUUAGGAGUUUUAUCAUCCCUUGCUUGAAAGGCCAAAGCUAUAUAGAAGGGUGGUUUAUGAGAGUGUUUAGGAUAAUUGGCUUGGCAAUUCCAGGACUAUCCGCUCAUACUCCACAAGAUUACGACAAUUCUACCCGAUUGGGAUCCUUGCCUCAACUACAGCUUCACCAAGAUUAAUAACACAUGUUAGCUGCAUGCUCCUCAAGAGUUGGCAAUGUUGAAUUCUAUGGCCUCAUCUUUUGGCUCGUUGAAGGAUACAGUAGCUUUGAAAAACAAACCAACUCUUAAACAAGAAAUUUAGUCAAAUGUAUAAUUUUACCCAAUUGUUAUAUUAUAUUAUUUAGC